UUGACUCUAUCCAUCGGUGUCAACACAGUCACUGCACAGGUUUCAAGAUGAAGGCGCUGCUUCUCUUUGUGAUGAUGACAGCUUGUGAUGCCCUAAUGCAAGAUCUUUCUGGUAAGAUGUUCACCUUUCCACAGGAAACCAACAGAGCUCAUGUGCAGCUUAACACAUCAAAAAUAAAUUUUAGUGCCGUAACUGUUUGCCACAGAUCAUUUACAGACCUCAAGAGAGACCACAUGCUGUUCUCCUUGUCCACACCCAAUAGUCCCAAUGACUUUUUGAUUUUCUGGGAUAACACCAAUAAAGAAAUGGAGGCACACAUUAAGAACAAAAAGUCUGAAUAUGGAGGCCUGGACUACAAGCCCAACACGUGGCACUCAAUCUGCACCACCUGGGACUCUGUGACUGGGCUGACACAACUGUGGUUCAAUGGACAGCCUUCGGUCAGAAAAUUCACAAACUCUGGGUCGAACAUAAGAGGACCUGUCAAUAUUGUUGUGGGACAGGAGCAGGACAGCCAUGGUGGCGGGUUUGACCUGAAACAGUGUUUCAUUGGCAUGAUGUCUGAUGUCCACAUGUGGGAUUACGUCCUCUCUGGCUGUGAGAUCCAGAAUUAUGUGGAUGAACGAAACUUCACACCAGGGAAUGUGUUGAACUGGAGGGCUCUGGAUUAUCAGAUUGUAGACAAAGUGUUGUCUGAAAAUAAAGUCACUGUUUGUUACUAACCCAUUUUAGAACAAUUUGAUACUGCAUGAGUUGUAUGUCAAAUGCAACUCAUGCAUUUGACAUUUUCCGUGCUCCUCCUGAACGUCACGCUAAAGUUUAUGUCCUAAUAUGACAUGUUUAAUAUAUCAGUUUAACCAAAAACUGCAAGUUGCUCAAAAUAAUGAGAUGUAUCUCUGUGAUGUGCACGGGUGGAACAAUGAUUUGAAGAUUGGGAAAGUAAUUCUGAGAAUUUUAAUUCUGUUACGGGAAAUGCACCAAGCGACAUAGGAAAACUGCAAAAUCUUAAAAACCUGCAGUAAAUUAGGCUUGCAUUUCUUCAGCUAUUUGAUCAAAUUUUUUAAUCACUUCAGAUUUUUUUUAUUGUUUGUUUAUUAUUCACAAAAAAUUUUUAUAGUCUAGUUAGUACAUAUGGAUGUGUUCUAUAAAUUUUUGCAUGAACACAAACAUAUAGAAAUUACAACCUUAAUCUGUACAAAUAUGUAGGUAUUUUUAUUAGGUUUGUUGUCCAUGAAUUUAAGGUUGACUGUAGAAGUUGACUUUUAUAUCACUACUUUUGUUAUUUUAAAAAAAAUUGUUUUUAUCAUUUAUUUAGAAAGCAUCACAAUUGAACAACCAUAGUAAACAAAGAAAAUAUGAAAACCAAGAAGCCAACUCUGAACAAAGUUUUGAAUAAAAGAAACAGGAAAACACUUAAAUUUGCACUUUGCUUCUAAUGAAAUCUAAGUAAAGAUUUGACAAAGUGAUUCUCAAGCACAAAGAGAGUUUGAAAAAGUUUAACAGUCAAUGUUUCUUACAAAAAACAAUCUAGAAGAAAAUAAAUCUAAACAAUGUUCUAAAAAAGAGAUAGGUACAAUACUAAACUGCUUUUAGAAGCAAAAUAAUAUAAAUGUCAAAAAUAAAUGCCAAAACACAAAAGAAGCCAUUUGAUGUUGCAGUGGAAAACAUUGUGGUUCCAAAGUUUGGGCCUCUUUAGUUGUUGAUUUUGAACAGAUUCUGAGCGUGUAACUCAAAAGUAGAUCAGAAAUGUGUUCAGUGAGAAGGCAUAACAGAGCAUGUCUUAAUAAAUUUGAAUUUUAUCAAAAAGUGUAUUUAUUUUAAAAGUGAAAUUUGUAAAAUUCAUCACAGAGGCAACUUUCAAGCAUUUCUAUCAGUUUCUCAUCUACUUAAAAUAUUGCAGAAGACCAAUAAAGAAUUUAUUUAAUACAGAUAAGUUGUUGACAUCUCUGAUUACAAAGAGCGUAAUCAGGAAAUGGUUAUUACUAAAGAAGCUGGCUGUUGUGCUGCUGUUUUGGAGCCUCUCUUUGCACAAUGCUGAUCAUUCCUCUGAAUUUACAAAUUAUAGAUCUGGUUAACUGGUCUCUCAAAAUGUCAAAUUUUCUUAAUGAGAAGACUUUGGGGAAACACUCAGCGGAAAACACCCUGGAUUUAUUUGCAUGUAUAAUAACAAGAUUUCUGCUGUUUGGAACGUAAUUUAUUAAGUUGGUUUAAUUGUAUUGAAUUAUUUGUUACCAAUUGAAGCAAUCCAAUUAAGUUGGUUCCACUAUAGUAAUUUUUCAGGGUACAGGAUCUUUUUUAAAAACUAAAAUAACAUUAUAAAACGUAUGUAUAAAGCUGUGCCUUAAGUACAAUGUGAGUGAUAAACUUAGCAAAUUGAGUUGUAUGAAGAUUAUGAAUUGAGUUGGAUGAUCAUCACAUAUUGAGCUGGAUGAAUUUAGUAAACUGAGUUGGUCAAACAUAUAUAGGUCACAAAACUGGCAUCACAACAAUCCAGACAAAUAAGUCUGUAUUUGUGCUUCUGCACACAAACACAGACUUAUAGAUAUGUAACUGGCUAUAUACUGUGAGUGUUUAUCCAUUCACAGCAGGUGAAACUAAGACAUUAAUUGCUUGAUAAAUUAAUGUUGGUGUUUCAUGGUAAAAAAAAAAGUCUUUGUAAAACAAAAUUGGCAAUGGAAAUAUUUAGAUUUUUUAGUUUUCAUGCAAGUGCAUUUGUGAUGCAGGAAUAUUUUACUUUAGGCAAAUACUAAACACAUUUCUAAUAUGUCUGUCUAAUGAUUGUUCACCAUAUUACACAGAGUUCUUGUUCCAAAGAUAUUAAUUUAACAACAUUGCUGUUAUUGCUUUAACUAAUGUAAUGGGUGAACUUGUGAGCAAAUAUUUAACAAAUGUAAACAUGGUAAGCACCAAAGUCUACAAACACUAUGGACUUUGAUUGUUACGAAAUUUAAGCAAAGUUUUGAAAAAGUGAAUAUUUACUGAUAGUCACAAUGUUUCAAAAGCUAAUAUACCUGAUGCAGACGAGUUAGAGAAAACAUUUUCCAAAAUCUGAAAAUAAAUGAGUGAUUUGGUCAAGCACAUAA